AUGGUUCCUCAUAAGGUGACAGGGAAGGAGGAGAGCGGAGGUUUGGGGGCUGGCAGUGUGCUGGCUUCUGGGGAAGAGUCGGGCUGCAGGAUGAGCACCUUCCUUGGGCGAGGUGGUGGCAGGGCCAGGGCAGAGGAGGCACAGCAGGAAGCAGAAUCAUUCAAGGAACAAGGAAACGCAUACUACGCCAAGAAAGAUUACAAUGAAGCAUACAACUACUACACAAAAGCCAUAGACACCUGUCCCAAUAAUGCCAGUUAUUAUGGGAACAGAGCUGCCACACUCAUGAUGCUGGGGAGGUUCCGAGAAGCACUGGGAGAUGCUCAGCAGUCUGUCAGAUUGGAUGAUAGUUUUGUGAGGGGCCAUCUGCGGGAAGGGAAGUGCCAUCUCUCCCUAGGGAAUGCCAUGGCUGCCAGCCGCUGCUUUCAACGAGUUUUAGAACUGGAUCAUAAGAAUACCCAGGCACAGCAAGAGCUGAAGAAUGCCAGUACUGUGCUGGAGUAUGAAAAAAUAGCUGAAGUGGAUUUUGAGAAACGGGAUUUCAGGAAGGUUGUAUUUUGCAUGGAUCGUGCUUUGGAGUUUGCUCCUGCUUGUCACCGAUUCAAAAUCCUCAAGGCUGAGUGUUUAGCAUUACUGGGUCGCUACCCAGAGGCACAGUCUGUAGCAAGUGACAUCUUACGAAUGGACUCGACAAACGCAGACGCUCUGUAUGUCCGUGGUCUCUGCCUUUAUUACGAGGACUGUAUUGAGAAGGCAGUGCAAUUCUUUGUCCAAGCACUCAGGAUGGCUCCUGAUCAUGAGAAAGCAUGUCUUGCCUGCCGUAAUGCCAAAGCACUUAAAGCAAAGAAAGAAGACGGGAAUAAAGCGUUCAAAGAAGGAAACUACAAGCUAGCAUAUGAACUGUACACAGAGGCACUAGGAAUAGAUCCAAAUAAUAUAAAAACAAAUGCCAAACUCUACUGCAACCGGGGAACGGUUAAUUCAAAGCUUAGGAAACUUGAAGAAGCAAUAGACGACUGCACGAAUGCGGUAAAACUGGAUGACACGUAUAUCAAAGCAUACUUGAGGAGAGCACAGUGUUACAUGGACACAGAACAAUAUGAAGAUGCUGUAAGAGACUAUGAAAAGGUUUAUCAGACAGAAAAAACAAAAGAACACAAACAACUCCUAAAGAACGCACAGGUGGAGCUGAAAAAGAGCAAACGGAAAGACUACUAUAAAAUCCUUGGUGUGGAUAAAAAUGCUUCUGAAGAUGAGAUCAAGAAGGCUUACCGGAAAAGAGCACUAAUGCAUCAUCCAGACCGACACAGUGGGGCAAGUGCAGAGGUACAGAAGGAAGAGGAGAAGAAAUUUAAGGAGGUUGGUGAAGCCUUUACCAUCCUGUCAGAUCCCAAGAAGAAGGCACGCUACGACAGCGGGCAGGAUCUAGAAGAGGAUGGAUUGAACACAGCAGACUUUGAUGCAAAUAAUAUCUUCAAGGCCUUCUUUGGUGGGCCAGGUGUCUUCAGUUUUGAAGCUUCUGGGCCAGGAAAUUUCUUUUUCCAGUUUGGCUAAAAAAAAACCCAAACCCCACACAUACCUGAUCUGCUUAUUUUAACCUUGAAUACGGACAUACUUAGACUCCUUCCUUCAUCCUGUCUCAUUGUACUUAGAGCAGUUUCAUUUUUCUCGGUUGGAGACCUCUGUUUUGUGUGCUUUUGUGUGUGAAGAGGAAACCAGCUCGGGGAGGGGAAGGCUUGUGAAUUUUGUUUUAUUGUUAACUUUAUUAAAAAAAAAAAAAAAAAUAAAGCUUUGAAUCUUUU